UGUUGACGUCAGUCUAAAUAAAUACGCUUUUCACAUACAACUAUUGAAUUACUUUACUUUUAUAUACAUAUAUUCGUAUUAAUUUCAUGUUAUAACAAGAAUUUAUUUAUGACAUACAAUACAACCAAUGAGAAUCAUUCAAACUUUAAGCGUUGUGAUUGGUUAACACAAUGAUUUCAUGUACUCAUUUAGAAAAGUUAACCUGGGUUGAUAACACUUUUAUUGAGAGAAACUUAACAAUGAGUGGCUCGAAACACAGUGAUGCCAUCGAUUCAUCCAAGCUCACCGGCGACUCGAGAAUAUUUGUGGAAGUUUUUAACGCUUUGGACACAAAUAAUGAUGGUCAUGUUUGUUAUGAAGAAUUGAGAACCGGUUUGAAAAGCUGUGGUUUUUCAGAUGGAAUAAUAGAAGAAGUAAUGUGUCUUCUGGACUCGAAUAAAGACGGAAAAAUCACUUUAGAUGAAUUCUUAAAGGCACUUGAAUGCAUUACUGAAUAAGAAAAAUUCAACUUUCAUCUGAAAUGUGUGUAUACCAAUGACAAGAUAAGAUAAAUAAAUAAUGAUUGCUUUUGGGAUUUAUGUUGCAUUAAUCACGUUGUUAAACUCGAAGAUGACUAUGUUUAACUAUUUUUCUUAAUAAACAAUCUUAUGUAGACAGUGAAA